GAUACGCUCUUUUCACAUGACCAUGUGUGGUGUAGAAUAGAGAACAGAGCAGAAGAACACCUAUUGCAAGAUGAAAUAGUCUCGACGGUGGUCAGACCAUCCGCGAAUGUGAGUUAUACUGUUGUAGCAAAGCAGACAAUCGCGAUGAAGCAUUUUCUGAGGUUUGACCGCAAAUUCAUUUCAUGCCGAUGGGGAGGCGAGUCUAUCCUGUGAGCAGUAACUCUCAACAUAAUCAACAACCGGAUUCAAACAGGGUACUGACCCAGUUACUGCUGUUGCUUUACUGUAAGUGUUUGUGGCGGGGCCUGAAGUUUGUCAUCAGGAAGGUGACAGGACGAUGUGAGCUUCAAUGGAUCUGUUACAAUAACAAACCUGGUGCUCGAAGGACCCUCAAGAUCGAAUCCUCACUCAAAUGCUCUAAACAUGAGCUUUUGCAGUCUGCCAUCAGCGUUCACCCAGAUUCCGUAGAAAAGACUAUCGAUGAUAUAAUGUCCCUGAAAAAGAUCAACCUUGACACUAACCCACAGCUUGGCAUCUCUCUCCAGGCUUGCCUGCUUCAGAUCGUGGGUUACCGCAACCUAGUAGUGGAGGUGGAGAAGCUGCGUAGAGAGCCGUAUGACUGUGAAAACCCAGCACAUGAGGAGAUGCUCGUGAAGCUGUGGAAGGAGCUCCGUCCUGAUUCUCCUCUCUCUGGGCGCAUCUCAAAGCAAUGGUGUGAGAUUGGUUUCCAAGGAAACGACCCCAAGACUGAUUUCAGGGGCAUGGGUCUCCUGGGCUUGCACAACCUACUGUAUUUUGCAGAGCAUGACAAAGCCACCGCUCUCCAAGUUCUUCAUGACUCCCUGCAGCCCAAACACAGGAACGUUCCCAAAGAGGAAGCCAGCAAGAUGAGCAAAGCUGAGUGGGACAAGAAGAAAUUUGACAAAGCGAUUGGAUACUCCUUUGCCAUAGUUGGCAUAAACAUCACAGACCUGGCAUAUUCCCUGCUAGUGAGCGGGGCUCUGAAGACUCAUCUGUACAAUGUGGCACCAGAGAUGCCAAGUCUAGUGCACUUCCAACAGACCUUCUGUUAUCUGAUGCAGGAGUUCCACAGGUUCUGGAUCGAGGAAGAUCCAUGUGACAUCAUGGAGUUCAAUCGCGUGCGCACCAAGUUCCACAAGCGCAUCCUGAAGCAGCUGAAGAACCCUGACAUGGCACUGUGUCCUCACUUCACUGCCUCUGACCUUCACCUGGUCAACCUGUAGCUUUUCAUUCAUCUCAACUCUUGUGACCUUUCACCAUCUCAUCCUUAAAGCCCAUGUCUCAUUACUGCCAACUGCUUAACCCGUCUCUUUCUCACGUAUUCUCACACCAAUGUCUCCUUCGGCCCAUCCGACCAGAAGUAACUGAAGAUCACCAGCACUGCUGCAGACCAUGUUGAUUGUAUGUGCGCAUGGCAACAGUGCUUUCACACUGAUUGUGAUAUUUACAGCUAUCUGAAUGUGGAUGGGAGAGACAUCUCUCCCGAUAGGACAGGGCUCCCUAUCCACCAGUAGGUAGAGCUGUUGGUACAUAUUAGGUAAGACACUGAGCUUGUGAGAGUUUCUACCCACAUUCACCGCACUAGGCUGCACUGAUACCAGGCACACUUAGAAACAAAUGGCCAUUGUUUGUAUACACUAUCAUAUACUUUCAGAGCUGUUAUAUUAAAGAUAACCUUUGUUUAAUUAUUGUAAGUCUUUUAAAGGAAUAUUCAAGGUUCAGUACAAGUUAAGCUCAAUCAACAGUACUUUUGGUAUAAUGUUGAUU